GCUUUUUUAGUGAUUGAAUCUAGGAACAAGAAAAAUGAAUACCAUAAUAUUCGGUCUCUUGACGGCAUCCGUUGUCGCAAGCGCUAUUCCCCUGGAAUCCCCCGAAGAAGACUUCAGCCAAUUCUUCGGAUCCUCUCGCAUCGUGGGUGGGCAGGAUGCCCCCGAUAACUACGCGCCGUAUCAAGUAGCCCUGGUGUUUGGACGCGAGUCUUACCCAUCGCUCAUGUGUAGUGGAUCCAUCGUCUCCAGGAGGCAUGUGAUGACAGCAGCUCAUUGCAUUGACCCAUUUAUCUGGAGGGGUGAGCUCUUGGAAACUUUCCACGCCCGCGUUGGCUCCAACUUAUGGCAGACUGGAGGCUACACAAUCCGCUUCAAGGAUUACCGCAACCACCCCCGCUGGGACCCGUUCGACAUCAAGUACGAUGUUGGAAUCCUCUUUCUGGCCUCCCCGUUGAAACUGGGCGAGAGAGUCGCGGUCAUCGCCCUCAAAUACCAAUGGGUCGAUGGCGGAGAAAAUGCUUUUGUCACAGGUUGGGGGCUUACUUCGGCAUGGGGUCACCUGCCUUAUGAACUGCAACUUCUCGACGUGACAACCAUCAGCCCCGAGGAGUGCGCUGCCGGUGUGUUGGCGGCAGGUCAAGGCUGGCCAACCCCUCCCAUCAAUCCACGCGCGGAAAUCUGCACUUUCCACUCCGUCGGCCAUGGCAUGUGCAAUGGUGAUUCCGGCAGUGCUUUGGUGUCUCAGAAAGACAGGAAACAAAUUGGUAUUGUAUCGUGGGGCUUCCCUUGCGCCAUCGGGGCACCGGAUGUACACACCAGAAUCUACGAAAUGAAAAAUUUCAUUGAGCCUAUACUUAAAAAAUAGAAUUAAAUUUAUUUUUAUAUUAGCUGUAUGUAGUAGUAAGUGUUCACAAUAAAUAGUUUAUAAUAAACGUA